AUGUCGCCGAACGCGAACGACGCAGCGUCUCAGCGCGUGACACCUCCGGCACAGAAUCGCCCCUCACGCGCGCACCACACCGCGGGAUGGCUCGAGCUCGAGCGCGCUCUGCGCACGGUCUAUAUAGGGGUCGUUCGUGAGCUGAGACAGGUCGGGGUGGUCGGCAUGGCGACGCUAGACCCGAUGGCUGGGAUGAUGCUCUGGCGCGAGCAGCGAAACGCGCGACGCGAACGGAGACGAGCGGCGAAGGAGUUGGGUGAGCGCGGCGGUGGGGGGACGAGCGCGGAACGAAGUGACGUCGUGAGUCUCGAGGCGUUGAGGGAGUUGCGGUCGGCGGUGCGGUACGCGAUCGGGGCGUACGGCACCGGUUCGGCGCUGGUGAGCGACGCUUCGUUGCGAGAGAAGUGGAAGAGUUUAGAGAGAAGGGGUGACGCCGGGGGGGAGUGGGCGCACGCUCGAGCGACAGAGGCGUGCGCGAAGGCGUGUGGAAUAGAUAAGGAGGACGUCGUUGAGGCGGAGUGGAUGGGGAAGGAGUUCGCGCCGAGCUCGUUCGUGGCGGUGGAUCGAGACGAGGAGCGAGUCGUGCUCUCGGUGCGAGGGACGUGGGAGUUUCAUGACGCUUUGACGGACGUGAACAGCGAAAGCGUGCGAUUUUUAGGUGGCUGGGCGCACGCUGGGAUGGUGGCGUCAGCGUGGCAGAUCGCGAAACGGAUGCUUCCUGCGGUGGCGCGGUCCAUGAAAAAGCACCCAACGUUUAAUUUUCUCAUCACGGGACACAGCAUGGGCGGCGGUGUCGCCGCGUGUAUCGCGAUGUUGAUGCACAGUGAAGACGGGGACAUCGAGGCGGUCGCGCGAGGGGCAAUGAGCGACGUGGACGAGCAGGAAGUACUGGAAAUUUUGCGUCGCCUCGCGUCUUGCAGGUGCGUGUGCAUCGCCGCUCCGAGCGUCAGUAGCAUGGAUCUUAGCGAUACCGCGAGCGAGUACAUCACAUGCGUCGUCGCCGGCGCCGAUGUGAUACCGCGUUUGUGCCACGCGUCUGUUCGUCGACUUUUGCGUCGAUUGAAUCGCGCAGCGCCAUCGCACGCAGUGUUCCGAGCUGUAUCCUCAGCGCUCGGAGGCAGGGACAGACCAGGGAACGAGACAGAGAACGCCGAAGGCGAACGAGCAAACGAUGGUUCGAGAGAUGUCCCAAGCCUUAGUCAAGACGAGUCGACGUCCCCCGUGAGAAGGGUUCCAGAAGACGCUCGAAAGUGCCAGGGAGAUUGGAUUGACGUCGCGGACGUCGAUGGACUCGAGCUUCGUGAUCACUCAGCGAGCGAUUUUAUGGUUCAGCCUGGGAGAGUGAUUCAUCUCGACUACGUGCGCACGGACACCCCGAUAGCGGAGUACAAGCAUCCAACAGCGUUCACGGACGUGGUGCUCGAUCCUUACAUGAUGCUCGAUCACAUCCCGGGCGUGUACCAAGCAGCCGUGAAGACUAUUCACGACCGCGUCGCCGCCGGCGGUUCAGCCUGGAUGAAUCACGACGAUUCGGACGACGAGGAUCUGAAUGACAACGAAAUCGACGAGGAAGACCCUCUGAGUACGCUCCUCAGGGCUGAGACCGUUCGCGCGCGCGCGCGGGAGGGUUGGCGCUCAGUCCGAAACUUUCUUGGCAUCGACGACUCGAGUGCGGACGAACCGGAAGCGACCGGGAUCGUUGACACUGAACCGCCAAGCAUCACGGCACCGUCGCCGCAAUUAUCUUCAUACCCGACCGUGGACACAUCGGACGAGGACAUACCCGAUUAUUUCGGCGAAGACGCUCGAGCACGCGCAACGCACCACCGACCGUGCGGCCGCCGACCACCUGAGGACAAAACCACCUCCAAUCCCUGGGACUGGCUCGCUAGUCCCUGA